ACAACGCGAUGUAACCAAGCAUCAUGGCGGCGUUUUGCUGGAUUAUUGUUUUGAUAUAUUUACAAAGCGCACUGUGCAUUGAGCAGACAAAUUCUACCGGCAGCAAUAAUAUCACUUUCAAGGAAACGAACGACACUUUUACAGAACAAGACGAGUCGUUUAAUUUUACGGAGUUAGGAUUCACUCCCACUCCGUCUUCUUUACCAGAUUCAACCGAGCGGACAUCCGAAUCUGUGACCAAGUCCACAGACAACUCCAUCCCUGACACGGCACCCGAAUCACCGCGAUCAGCAGUACCUCUGCCCGUCUCCGGCGUCCUUCCUGCUCCUGUAACCGAAGUCCUUAAGUUAUGCCCAUGCAAUUUACAAAACGAGCAGUGUGACAUUAACUGUUGCUGUGAUCCAGACUGCACAGAGGAACGGUCUUUAUUCACUGACUGUUCAAUAAAGAUCAUCAGUAGUGACCCUAGACUGUGCAAACAGGAUGCAGUUGUCUAUUCACUCAGUACAACAGAAGACGGUCUGUCACGUGUAGAGUCGUCUGUUCAACAAGAGGUCAACCCUGAUGUCUUCUGUAUUCAGUCUGCUAACUAUGAAGAAGGAAUCUCAUUUGGCACUCCCAAAAUUCCCACAGAGGAAAAUUUCGACUCUCUUUUCGACCAAUUUGUGGGAUUCUUUUUUGGCCGCACGAGGGACAACAGUGCACAGAGCCCUCAAAUAGGAGAUUCUCCAGGAUACCUGCAUGGAGAUCUCAUUCAAACAGUAAAUGAGGCUGCUGAGCGGGACUUAUUCACUAUCCCUGCCUCUGCGGGAACAGCCCACUGCCUAGAUGCGAACCCUGCAGUCUUUUUAAAGGACCAGAAAAGCCGAUGUAUCAGGAGCUUUGAUUUGGCACAAGUCUGUUCAAGCCAUGAGGCUUUAGACCUGAGAACUUAUACUAUGGUCAACAUCUGUUCAGGAAAGAACAAAGAAGCUAAUGUCAUAAGUGUGAAAGUGGCAGCCAUCACACUUGAGUCUUUGGAGGGCACAUGGACACCGGGGGACCCUGCUGAGAGUGCAGCCUAUGUGCCUGUGCUUUUGGAGUCUGGUGAUGUCUGCAACAAUGUUGUAAAGCAGGUAAAAUACAUAUUCCGAUACAGUGAAGCUGGAGAAAUCCUGAAUGUGAUGGCAUCGGUUUUGCUGGGAGCUAUUAAAAGCUCCAUGGUGCCCAUACAACAGGAGUUUCAGAUUACGUUCCUGCAGGAGAUCACUAGCACAGGGGGAUUGCGAUUCAGUGGUAAUCCCGGUUAUGUGGUGGGACUGCCCCUUGUGGCAGGAACGAGGACAGCAGAUGGAAUUGUUCAGAGCACUGAUCCUAAAGGAUCAUUGACCAUCUUCCAAAACUCGGGAGAGCAGGAUUGCUUGCUUGGCUCAUCCCAGCGUUCCCCUGUCCUUUUUGGUAUAGACAUGGUAUCUGGCUGCACUUUUAAGCUUUUAGAUGCGGUUAAUUGUUCCCUGGUAUCUGAAGUCAUUUUAUCAGUGCUGAAAGGGCAGAACUUCCCUGACCACGUGGCAUCGUUUGGAAAUUCCUUGCCUCAGAAUCCACUGGACUGGGUCCCAAUACAGAACCAAACCAUAACAUCGAGCACGCAGACAUGCAGCUUGCCACUGUCUUACCAUCUUGAAGUGAAAUGGACCAAAUACGGAACCUUGGUGAAUCCCCAGGCUCAGAUUGUCAGUGUCAUGGGAACAGUCCUUACUAAUACCAGCAGUUUGUCCCUGCUUACCAGUGCUAGUGGUCGUCUGUCUGUUACUACCUCUGUGAGCUUUGUUGAUGUGUCUGCAUCUGCCAGUCCAGGAUAUAAAGUUCCUCCUACGAUUGAUGCUAAACUACCCUUUGACUUCUUCUUUCCAUUCGUAUAAUUUAUAAUUCAGGCAUUUGUCAA